CACUUUUCUUUUCCUUCUUCAUCUCCUUCUCCAUCAUCGUUCUCCUCCUCUUCUCCAAGUCGCUCUCAAACCAACGUCGUCGCAAAACGCCGUUCCCCACAACGGAGGCCACCUCCCGUUUCGUCAAAACCCUAACGGUCUCCUCCUCCUCCUCUAUAUAAAAGCAGCAACGCGAGAACCUGAACCACCUCCUCGAUCUCAAGAGCUCGCUCUCCGCAGUUCAGGUCCCGCCGAGGAACGGGUAUAGGUUGAGCCGGUUGUCGAGGAGGAUGGAGGGAGAGAGCAAGGCCGAGAAGAAGCUCGUCUAUGGAGAUUGGGGCUACGUGCUCGACGACGUGCCUCACCUCACCGAUUACCUCCCCGAUCUGCCUACUUAUCCGAAUCCUCUCCAAGACAAUCCAGCAUACUCUGUUGUGAAGCAGUAUUUUGUUAAUUCAGAUGAUACUGUCACUCAAAAGAUUGUGGUUCAAAAGAACAGCCCCCGAGGGAUACAUUUUCGACGUGCUGGACCUCGCCAGAGGGUGUAUUUUGAAUCUGAUGAGGUGCGCGCGUGUAUUGUGACAUGCGGAGGCCUGUGUCCUGGGCUUAACACAGUGAUAAGGGAAAUUGUAUGUGGCUUGUAUGAUAUGUAUGGCGUAACCAAAAUCCUUGGCAUAGAAGAUGGAUACAAAGGUUUUUAUGCGCGCAAUACAGUUACCCUGACCCCCAAGAGUGUCAACGACAUUCACAAAAGGGGGGGUACUAUCCUUGGAACAUCACGGGGAGGUCACGACACAUUAAAGAUUGCUGACAGCAUUGAGGAUCGUGGAAUUAAUCAGGUUUAUAUAAUUGGAGGAGAUGGUACUCAAAAAGGUGCCUCUGUGAUUUUCGAGGAAAUAAAAAUGCGGGGUCUCAAAGUUGCUGUUGCAGGCAUUCCGAAGACCAUAGAUAAUGACAUUGCGGUAAUCGACAAGUCAUUUGGUUUUGAUACUGCUGUAGAGGAGGCCCAAAGGGCUAUAAAUGCAGCUCAUGUGGAGUCUGAAAGUGUGGAGAAUGGUAUAGGCCUCGUGAAGUUAAUGGGUCGCUACAGUGGCUUUAUCGCAAUGUAUGCUACCCUUGCUAGUCGAGACGUGGACUGUUGCUUGAUUCCAGAAUCACCCUUCUAUCUAGAAGGGAAAGGUGGGCUCUUAGAAUACAUUGAAAAGCGUCUUAAAGAGAACGGCCACAUGGUUAUUGUUGUUGCCGAAGGAGCAGGACAGCAGCUCAUUGCUGAAAGUAUGCGAACCAUGGACCAUGCAGAUGCUUCUGGGAAUAAGCUCCUUCUAGACGUUGGGCUUUGGUUGUCUCAAAAGAUCAAGGAUCAUUUCGCAACAGCGAGAAAGAAGAUGCCCAUUAAUCUGAAAUAUAUAGAUCCAACAUACAUGAUACGUGCAGUUCCGAGUAACGCAUCGGACAAUGUCUAUUGCACUUUACUGGCGCACAGCGCCAUCCACGGUGCCAUGGCGGGAUACACUGGUUUCACUGUUGGGCCCGUUAAUGGCCGGCAUGCGUAUAUUCCCUUCUACAAUAUCACAGAGAAGCAAAACAAGGUGGUGAUAACCGACCGUAUGUGGGCUAGGCUUCUGUCGUCGACCAACCAACCGAGCUUUUUAAGCAAGAAAGAGAUCGAGGAGGGGACCAGGAAGGAAGAAGUACCGCAGACCCAGCUUUUAGACGAGGGGAAUUCUAGGGCUAACGAGAAAGCCGAGGAACAGCUUGAACAUAACGGCCCUGUUAGCAACGGCUCUAUUUAAGAUCUAAAAUGAGGCUAUAAACCCUAAAAGCAGAUGCAAAAUCUGCAGGUUUUAUUAUGUAGCUCUCUACCACGAGUAUUUACUGAAAUGCUUUAGAGCAUGUAUAAAGUUGCAGAGUUUUUUUUUUUAAUUUUUGGUUGGUAGUGUAUUUCUGUAUUUGUGCCUUUUGAGGUGUACUUAUAUGUUUCAAAGGAUUACUAAAAGACGUAUUUUAAUGUA